GGACUCAAAGGCGCACCAAAGCACAUCAGGCAGCAGAACACAAAUGGCCUUAGCAAAAAGUACUUUGGAGUCCGAAGAAAAUAAUUUCCUUCAAACGGUUUUAUCAUCAGUUACCGCUCCCUUUGAUGUGACUUUAUUUAACCAAGAAGGAAUGGUCAGGAUUUCAGAAGGGAGAAGUACACCAUUGGUAGAUGUCUCUGUAACAAGCAGUGAGGCAUUCUUAAGCGACAAUGAAUUUAUUAGCUCAUUUCCAAAGGCACAGUGGACUCCUCCACUGAAGUCUUUUGCCGUUUUAACAGAUCAUCACUCAGUUAAUACAGUAGAGCCACCAAGAGAAACGUUAGAAACUGUGUUGUUAACACCUUCGUUAUAUGUCCUUUUUUCACCGUAUGAUAUCUCAAAAACAGCACAGCAAAAGACUCCGUUGAGCGCUGUCCCUGAACUCAGUAACACUCUUAAAGAAUUGAAGCCUUUUGUACCAGAUAGUGAAAUGCUAACUGCAAGCAGAGACUUGCCGUUGUACCCUCCAAAUACAGCUAUUUAUUUCACUUCCAUUCCUUCAGACACAGGAGUUGCAGUGAGGGAAAACAUAAAUGCAAGUUUAACAGCUCUGCCUUUUGGGGAUGCCUCAGAAGGGUCACCUCUUCAUCUCAAGCUGCUGGAUAAAAAUAGCUGUGUGACCCCAGAUGCCACAGCACAGAGUGCAGACCCGUAUGGUGAUAUUUACGCCUAUGUGAGUAGCAGGGCAGCAGAAACUCUGAGUCUAAGGACCUACCCCACUCCAAGCAUUCCCUGGGCCAUGCCAGCCUCAGCAGCCAGUGCUGAGCCUGCUUUGUUUCCUAUUAGUCUUCCACAUGCGUCUUUCCUGCUUCACUCAGCUGCCAUUUCCACAGACUCUAAUACGGUUCUUAACGCCAGCCUGUUUACACAUGAAUUCUCCAGUGCAGCACCAAAUUUGCCUGUCAGUUCAGAAAUACCAAGUCAAUCAGAGCUUGUCAGUGAGCUCAUGAGUCCAGUGCCUUUCACGAGAUCAUACAGUUCUUGUCUGUAUUGUGACUCAGUUUCACUUCUGCCAGAAGCAGGCUUUUCUCCAGAACAUGAUGUGGGCUCAGGCGAUUAUGUUGAAACUUUGUCCAUCAAAGCCUCUGAAGUACAAGGCAUAACUCCAUUUAUAACUAUAAUUACUGACGGGUAUGAAUUAGAGGAGCCUACACCUGAGAUUUUUGAUACUGCUUUUCCGUCAAGACCAGUUGUUUCAUUUUCUUCAAGAUUCGCAGAAAUGCCCCAUUCAAGUGUGUUUUUAUUAAGCACUAUGGACACUGUCCUUAACAGCAGAACACGUAUAACAAUUUCUCCUUCUUACCAUCAGCUCCCUGGAGGAACGUCACUGAGCAUGUCUGUUGCCCAGUUUUCCCUCCCUGUUCUGGAAACGGUUUUGUUGACGCCAAGCACUCAUGUAGAACUUCCUGAUGCCACCACUGUUCUGUUUGACUCUACCUUCAUCCCGAGCGAGCCGGUAGCAUCGUUUGCAGUCAGUCAUACGACUUUGCUGGAGUUGCCAGAAUUAAUGCCAUCAGAAUCUGUGGUUUUGCUUGACAAAACAUCUACAAGGGAAGAACCGUCUUCAAAUAUUUCAGAUUUUCCAUCCAAUCUUUUAUCAACACCAUUUCUUAUUGAACCGAGCUACUUGUCUUUAUCAUCGGCCAUGCUAAAUUCUUACUCUGUCAUGCGAAGUGAUUUAUCAACACUCUUACCUCAGACCUUGUUGACUGGGACAUCAGUACUUUCUGAGGAUGUUUCCAGCUGGGAUUUAGCUACCACUGUCAGGUCUGCUACUGACGCCGAGGUUUCUCAGUUCCCUCUUGGCCAAACAUCAUACUUUUAUUCAAAUGCAUCCUCUGUUCCAGGUGCACAUGUUCCUGAAAUAACGCUGUCAUCAGAUUUUCACUCCGAGUUGUCUGUGUUUCUGGAAGCACCCUCAGUAUUGCCAGCAGGCUCUGAAGUUGUGUUUACCUCAGCUGUUACAGGAGCUACCUCUCAGUUGGAGCCUUCAUUCUCCGCCUCUCACUCCGUGGUUCCUACCCUGGUGCUGCCUGCUUCCGACACCCAGUCUGUUACCAGCAGCAUCUUGCUCAAUGAAACAAAUCUGAUCUCUUUGUUUACUACCUUUCUGGCAACUCCUGUCUUAAAUGUAUCUUCAUCUCUGCUCUCAACUGCUCCGGCUUCUGAUGAGGAUAUUGGUGCUACAGUUAACCCCACGCUGCUUUUAACGUCUCGCAGCGAGGGCAGUGCCCACACAGCCUUUCCUCCCGCAGACCCUGACAGCCUGACGUCACGUGCCGACACCAGCCGCGUGAUGCCCUUUCCUACAGCAUCUCUUUCUGUGACCACAUCAUUUGCUCCCACGCAAUUUCCUCCGACUUCUAGCCCUCCCACUGGAUAUGAAGUUCCAGCAGGAAGCAGUGUAACUGCUGGUACUGAGGCAUCGGCUGCUCCCACCACUGUCCUCACCACCACCGCCACCAGUGCCACGGGCAGCCGCGGCACGACUGUUGCAGGCAGUCUGGGGACGUUCUCCUCCACCCCUCUGGUGACCACUACUCCACCUGAACCUCUGGUCGUAACCUCUGCCGUGACUACUACCAGGCAACCCUACGUCUGCGACAUCACGGUUCCCGAUGCUUACUUAGUCACUGCGGUGCUGGCCCGAAGAGCUGUUCUACAAAAUGUCAGUGAAUCCAUCAGAGAAGUGCUCAGAGUUCAGUUCAGGCGAUCAGUAGAGCUAGAGGUUUAUAAAAUUUCCCCCAAAUUUGCUUUCUUGGUGACAUCAGGUCCUUUUGUUUACACGGCAGUAGCUGUCAUAAAUGUGCUUGUGAACAGCAGUCUUCUUUGUGGUGAGACCCCCAUGAUCCUUUCACUGCAUCCUUCUUUCACUGUGCCAGAUAACAGAUUCCAAGUUCAGACAGUGCUUCAGUUUGUGCCUCGGAACGUGGAUGUUGGGUUCUGCAACUUUAGCCGGCGCAUUGAGAAAGGGCUGAAAAUGGCAUUCAUGGAAGUGAGCAAACAUCAGGAGUUCUACAACUUCACUGUGCAGAUACUGAAUGUAACUCUGAGCAGGCCUGGGGCGGCAUUUCGGCAAGGCCCCGUGAGCAUUGUUUUUGCCAUCCGAGAUAGGUACGGUUUUCUAAAUGGGUCUGAAGUCAGUGAGCAGCUAAGAAACUUGUCCGUGGUGGAAUUCAGCUUCUAUCUGGGCUUUCCUGUGCAGCAAAUUGCUGAACCCUUUCAUUAUCCUAAGCUUAAUGUGUCUCAGUUGAUGAAAUCUUCCUGGGUGAGAACAGUUCUCUUGGGUGUCGUCGACCAGCGAAUUCAGGAGGAAGUGUUUCAGGCUGAGAUGGAGCGGAAACUAGCUCACCUGUUAAACGAGGCUUUGGCCAGAGGGCGGAUAUGGAGACGAGCCAGUUUUGCAGGCAGCAACAUUGUGCAGAUUGUGAACGUGUCACGGUUAGUUGGUGUUGAUAACCCCGUGGAGCUGAUCUAUUUUGUGGAGGACCAAGAUGGAGAGAGACUCAGUGCUCUGAAGUGCUCAGACCUGAUGAACAGAGUUGAUAUCCAGCGGGCUGCAAUCAUCCUUGGAUACCGCAUUGAAGGCACCGUUGCACAGCCUGUGGAGAAGCUGAAGGAGUCCACCUCAGAGUCACAGAAUAGCAACCUAUGGAUUAUCGUUGGUGUGGCAGUCCCAGUUGCUGUGGUGCUCCUGAUCGUUAUUAUUUUAUACUGGAAACUUUGUCGAACAGACAAGCUGGAGUUUCAGCCAGACACGAUGAGCAACAUUCAGCAGCGACAGAAGCUACAAGCCCCCAGCGUGAAAGGCUUUGAUUUUGCAAAGCAGCAUCUGGGCCAGCACAAUAAAGAUGAUGUCCUGAUUAUCCAUGAGCCAGCUCCUUUACCAGGACCUGUUAAGGAUACUACCCCAUCUGAAAAUGGAGAUGUGCCCAGCCCCAAAUCCAAGACUUCCUCAAAGCCUUCAAAGACUGUUCGACACAGAGGGAGAGUUUCGCCAUCAGACGCUGACUCCACAGCAAGUGAACAAUCCAGCGGGAGAGAGACAGGAGAAGAAACUGCAAGACCAUCAACUGUUGCAAACGAGGGCAAAUCACGCAGAGCAGUGAAGAAGGGACCUCCUCAGACCAGCAGUGGAAAUGAGCAGCAUUCCUCAGCCUCUAUCUUCGAACAUGUGGAUAGGAUGUCACGUUCCUCAGAUGCCAGCAGACGGGUCCCAAGCAAGAUCCAGCUGAUUGCUAUGCAACCGAUGGCAGCACCUCCGGUUCAGAACUCAGUGCUUUCUGAUCGAGUAGCAGAGACCAACAAAAUUAAUAAAGAGAUACAAACAGCCCUGAGGCAUAAAUCUGAGAUUGAGCAUCACCGCAAUAAGAUUCGUCUUCGUGCCAAGCGCAAAGGGCACUAUGAAUUUCCAGUGGUGGAUGAUGUGGUAGUGGUUGACUCCAAAGAACAGCACAGAAUAUACCGCAAGGCACAGAUGCAGAUUGACAAGAUCUUGGAUCCUGGAGGCAGUGUGCCUACUGUCUUCAUAGAGCCCAGGAAGAGUUCUCGUGCAAAACGUUCUCCCAAGCAGCGUCGGCGACAUCAGAUGAAUGGUAGUCCUAUCGAUGCAGAAAAGGACAGGUUAAUCACAACUGACAGUGAUGGGACAUACAAAAGGCCUCCAGGAGUCAAUAACUCUGCAUAUAUUUCUGAUCCAGACUUGCCUCCUGAACCUCAGACAUCAUCUUCAGCUGAUCUGGGGAAGUUCCCCGGCUUGCCUUCCCACCCAGUCUCCCAGUACGUCCCACCGCAGCCAUCCAUUGAAGAGGCUCGGCAAACCAUGCACUCGCUGCUGGAUGAUGCUUUUGCGCUGGUGGCUCCCAGCAGCCAAGCAGCCAAUUCCACAGCCGUCACACCACCCGGGGUCUCUGCAGGACAGCCGAGAUACGUGGAAUUUGGAAUGACUCCGCCAACAGCACCAGGUCUCCUACCAAGGCAGAACUUUGGGCCAGGUUUUCUUCAACCUGCAGAGUUAAUGCACCCAGACCAGCAGCCACCUGAGGCUCAGUAUUCCUCCAGAGGGAUAUACUCAGAGGAAAUGCCACCAGUGGCACGGCCACGACCAGUUGGAAGCACUGCAGGUUCUCAGAUACAGCACCUCACUCAGGUGGGAAUUGCUAGCAGGAUCGGAGGUCAACAAGUGGAGAUCCCCUCAGGCAGAGCAGGGCAUGGCCAGCCGGGGGGGCCAGGGUGGCCGCAGUACCGUGGAGAGGAUGAAUAUGCUAGGCGAGAUGCAACGCAUAUGCAUGGACACCAAGAAUAUUCCUCCUCACCAGUAUUCCAGAUGCCGAGGACUUCAGCCAGGCAGCCUUCAGCACCCCCUGCUCAACUUCCACACAACAGCCUUCAGGGCCAGGGCCUUUGCUACACCACCAGUUCCACUGAGGACCUCCAGCCCGGUCACUCUUCAGCCUCUCUUAUCAAAGCUAUUAGAGAAGAACUUCUACGACUUUCUCAGAAACAGACGACAGUGCAGAACUUCCAUAGCUGAUUUAGCAUUCCCUUGCAAAUCUGCCAGGUAUCUGCUUCCUAUGGAAGCAAAGACUUAGAGGAAAUCAGCAAUGUUCUCUCAAAAGAAUGAACUUCCACAGUUCUGUUGACAACACUCCGGAAAAAAUGAAAAAGGCAGCAAAAUGAGGAUAGUAAGGAGAGAUGGGGGACAAACAGGGAAAAUCAUCAGUGUCAUCACAAGUAAUAUUAAUUAAUCUGCUAAUAUUACGGUGCUCCUCUUCUCUCCCUACCCUCAUUCAGCCUAACAAAUAAAUAAAACCUUAGGUCAAGAAGUCAACAAUCCAGCAACAAAAAAAUCACAGGAACAAACUCGAAGUAUGAUAGACUCCUUUUUCUAAGGAAGCAGGCGAAGGUUUGAAUAAACUAAGAUGACAUUUUGCAAGAGAUUACAAGUAUUCUGAACUCUCCAGUGCUUACGGGGAACUGGUUUGUGUUGCUGUUCUGCAAGAUUACAAACUGUAUCAGCUCAAGGGUGUCGAAGGUGUGAUCCCACAUAAGAAUCGCUUUGGUUGUCAGGAACAAUGGGACUACUUAGAAUAAAGUCUUUAUGAGCUACAUGUAACAAACUGGAACAAUAAUUGUUAUAGCUCUGUGCUUCCAAAUGGAGCUACCCUCUGCACUCUUCCUUGUUUUCCUUCUGGUGCUGAAGCUUCAAGUGUUCCUUCAUCUUCAAUGUUUGCAAAGUGAAACAUUGGCCUUGUAUAACUAAGAAAAUAUCUGUAGACUUAUUCAGGCUGGAAAAACAAAGCAAAGCAUCCAAACAGAAAGGGCUUGGUAUUUAUUUUGUUUAAGAAUUAUUGAAAACUAGGAGAGGAAUACUCAGCCACAGUUGAAUUUGAGGAAAUGUGUAUGUAUAUCUUUAAAAAAUAUAUUUACAUUCUAUACGCUCUUGCAAGACCAGCGAUAAAAUAUUGCCACUCUGUAGUUUGCUUUGUGGACAGAAACCAAUCCAGCCUGACUGGUACAGGGUCACCAGCAUUACGUUAUAAGUUGAUGUCCUAAAUCAUUGCUUAUGUUUGGAUCUGAAUAAUUUUAGUGAAAGUCAGUGACAGUUUAGAGCAUUAACAUAGGCUUAGAUUUGAGGUUUUGAGACAGUUUCUAUAUUUAUACUUGUUUCCACUGUCCCUUUGGACAAAGAGUAAGCAUUAUCCCCCAUGGUAAGAAUGGUACGUGCCAUGGAACUGUUUGUUGCUGUUUUUUCCAGAGUUUUAAUUUAAUACUAGCUAUGAAUUUACUAAUAUUUGGCCAUUGCAUAACUGUAACUGACAUAAUACAUACAAAAAUUUUACUUAAGUCUUGAUUUGUUGGAGUGUUUUUAUUUUCAGAUCAGACUGAACUAAAGCUAACAAACUGGCACAGGGAUAGAGGGUAAGCUCAGUGUUUGUGAGGCGGCUUGGGAGC